AUGAAUCCUACUCCAAUACCAGAGGCGGUAGAGCAGGAGAGGCGACCUCUCAUUGAUAAGUUGGCCAAGCUGCUUGAGCUUGACCAUGUCGACCCGGCUACAUGGGCUUGUUUCUGGCUAGCCGACGUCACGAAUCUACAACAACUGGUUAAAAUGGCUGAAGAUGGGGACGCGCACAUCUUGCUAUUUAGCCUUUCCGGUCCACACAACAAUCAUCUCGCCAAAAUGUGGUCGGGACGCAGCCAAUUCACCCGAACUCUGGUUCCGAAGUCUCAGAGGCCAUCUAUUCCUCGCCGGGAGCGGUCCAAAUCUCCCGCCAAAUCUCCCGCAAAAGGUUCUCAGCCAAGCAAAACAAUCGCUCCUGGAGGCCCACGUCUCCUCCCAGUUUACCAAGUGCGCUCAGAACACGUUAAAGAUGCUUGCAAGAAGCGCGACAAUGACGCCUGCGUCAUCACCCAUAGUACUUUCAUUACUGAAGUUGCCCAUAUCUAUCCAUACGCCUUAGGCCAGAAUGAGGGAACCCCUGAGCAGACCAGAUUCUGGGCAACUUUACGAUUGUUCUGGGAUGGUACGAAGAUUGCUAGUUGGAAGAAUGCACUGGCUAGGGAUGGCACUGAAACCUGCGCCAAUAUGCUAUGCCUCUCGCCUGAUGCGCAUAGAGAAUGGGGACGGGGGUUUUUCUCCAUAGAGCCUGUGGAGCUCAGCGAAGAUAAGAAGACGCUGACCACACGCUUUUGGCGGUUCCCUCCGAAGGCAGAUGCUAAUGCCUCUAUUCACCCUGACGGGCUUAAGCUCUACGAUCGUACGACUGAUCGCCCGAUUUUCUCUGGAGACCGCGUUAUCAUGCGUACCGAUGAUCCAGACAUCCUCCCCCUCCCGUCGCUGCACCUGCUUCAGCUCCAGUGGAUCCUUAAUCGAGUUGUCGCUCUCAGCGGAGCUGCCGAAGAGUUUCUUUGGGACUCUGAUGACUUUGGUUCAGAGCUGGAGGAGGAGCUGGAGGAGGAGAGGGAGGAAGAGCUGGAGGAGGAGAGGGAGGAGGAGCUGGAGGAGUAG